AUGGCGGAGACGCACCGUGCAGCGGCGUUCGACCACGCCAAGCUUGACAAGUUGUACACCAUCCCAUCGCAUUCCCCCUCGGCACAGGCGCCGAAGCGGUUCCCAGGCGUCACACCCGAGUCCACCGCGACGCUGCUGGAGACCCUGAGAGACAACCACGUCAAGUGGCACAUCUUCUUCAACGAGAAGCAUUUCCACAAUCAUGCGAGCCACCAUCUCCUUGCCUUGUACCACCUUGGUGCGAAUGGAGACAAUAUCAAGGCGGCGUAUGCGACGCAUACAUCGUACCAGCGUCGCGCAUACGAAUCCCCCGGAAAAAUCACGCGCGACAACUUCCACGAGCACCUGGCCGACGAGGACUACUACAACGCCUACCUGAAAUUCUUCUCUGACGAGCUCCUAGACAAGGGCGCUGCCGCGGUCAUCGAGGAAUUCAUAUUCUCGCCCAAGGCCAACAUCGAGCCGCCGAAGCCGGGCAGGGAACCUAUGCAAAUGGCAAAUCGCUUCCUCGCUGGCCUUCUGCACCCCCUGAUCCACACUGGCUACGGGUGUGAGUUCGGCCUCCUUGGUCAGCUCGCCGAAGGGCUCGCUGAGACCGCUGUACACGGUCCAUUGGCACCUGCGGCGACUCCACCGACGCUGAUGCAGUAUGUCGGGGCGGCGGCGACCGACGCGGCGAACGCGACCGCGUCUCGGCUCUCAUCGUUCUUCCCGUCCUUCGUAAUCGGUCAAGUCCAGCGUGCCGUGCAGCCCGUCCCUUGGAAGACCUCGUCGAAGAGCGUGCACGCCCUGACGCUCGUGGCGCGUCUCAUGCGCGACGACCAUUUCUCUUUCAAAAACAUCAAGCUUCCCCCGCCCGUGGAGAGCGAGGAGGACACAUCUCUCGAGCGCGUCCUGCACCUCCGCGGCGAGGAGCUCGCGGAGAUCGCGAAGGAGUGGACGGUCGACGGCACGAACGCGGCCGAGGUCGCGGCCAAGAUCGAGGAAAUAUUCUGGACGAACGUCGUCCUCUUUGGGAUCGCCGGCUGGGGCGGCCGCACGAAGUCCAGGACAGGGAAGUUCAACGCCGAUUUCUUCUUCUUGCACCUCGUCAAUUCGAGUCUAUUCUUGCCCUCGAUCGUCGCGUACCUCUCGCCGACGUCCACCGCCAUCCUCCUGCGCACCUACCUCCUCAACACGCUCGCGCUCUACGUCGCGCGCGGCAGCCCCGCGCUGCCCGUCGCGGACUUCUUCGACGCCGUCCCCGUCGCCCCCGCCCCGCCCGCAGACUCGCUCCCGCACAACAAGCCUGCAGACGGGACGCUCACGGCGGACAACCGCACUCCCAGCGCGUGGCUCGCGAUCGCGCAGAGCACGCUCGAGCACCCGGACGACCACCUGUGCAAGCUGCAGCGGUCGCUCGCGCACUUUGACUCGCUGUACGGGGCGACGCCGGCUGGGCACUUCAAGAAGCUGGGUGUGGAGCUGGACGGUAUCGAGAGGCUCGAUGGGUCGUUGUUCAUUCGCGUCGCGGGGCUGGCCCAGCAGAGGCUGGGUUGGAUGCGGGAGGGCCAGGAGAGAGAGGAGUGGGAUUUCGAUGGGUUCUUCCACGAGUAGUAGUGAAGCGGCGAUUCCUAUGUACUGUCCGAUAGUUGUAUCAUAUGUACGAGUAUAGGAUCCUGGACAAUGUCCAACAG